CUUGAUAGGUUCCCAGUUCAUUCAUAAGAGAGAUAAAAAACCGUGUGCGCGAAACUUGGGGUGUUUCCUUUCCGAGCGAAUGCAGAUGGCAUAUUCGGUCGACGACAUCGCAGUGGCCAGGAAUUUGCAAUUCUUAGCAUACACUUGCAUGUCGACGGCGACAUUCUGGACCUAUGAUUUUGUUUGUUCACUUCAUGAAGAGUUGACAUUCCUACUUCGAUCGCGCAGGACAAAAGUGAAAGGCCUUUACAUCAUUGCACGAUAUGUUCCAUUUGUCCUUAUCAUAUUGGACCUAUGUUUGACCUUGACCCAAAACGAGAACCCCAAGAAAUGCAAGAUAUUGGACAAUAUUUUCUCAAUUUUCGGAAUGAUGUCACUCACUUUCUCUGAAUGCUUUUUUAUUCUCAGAACAUAUGCACUCUGGAACAACAAUAGAAUCGUGCUCGUAGCCAUGCUGUCCGCCCUUUUUGCAACCAUUGUAUCAUCCAUCAGCCUUUUGCUUGCCGGUGGUAUUACCUCCGAAGUCACGGCUAGCGCGAUCUCAGGCAUCCCAGGCUGCUCCCGGACCCCGCACGGUAUCCGAUUCUUGCCUUUUAUGCUCACUUUUGUAUGCCAACUGGGACUGGUCUGCCUCACGAUCAUAUCCGUUAUACAGAGCUGGCGGUCGGCCAAAGGCCCUCUGUACGCCAUGCCGGUGAAGCAUAAUAUAUUCUACUAUGCAUGUGGUCUACUCUUCUCGGCCGUGAAUAUUCUUUUUUCAGCGCCGCUUUUAGAUAUGUAUCCUGUAUACUCUUCACUCGGAGGUAUGCAGAUCUUUAUUCUUGCGAUCCUCGCCACGCGCAUGCACCUCCACCUCUGGCAUGUUGAGCGGCACGUGGAUGGCUCUGAGGCCCUCGUGUGCAUUUCUAUUGAGAUAUGAAUUCAUGAGCAGGCCAAUCACGUGAAUGACGACGACGAGAAGCACCAGGAUCUUUGCAAUCGCAUAUGCAUGCAGAUGACACAGGCAGUUGUGAGGUAAAUUCAUCUUCCACAAGGGUAUCAAACAGGCAAUGUACAGUGCUAUUGAAUAUACACAAGUGUUGCAAAUGAUG